UCUUCAUUUCUUGGCGUGUAUUAUUUGACUCUCUCUUAUAAGUUAUAUGUUUAAAGGUGCUUUCGUUGUCGUUACUGUUUAUUCAUCUUCUCUGAAGCUGGCGCCUAAUAUUAGCCUAAAAAGUUUUUAUUUUGAUUUAGUUUGAAUUUUCUUGAUCCGUUUGUGGCCCAGAUUGAUACCGUUUGUGAUAAUCCGAUUUGAAUUGAUUUUUAUAUGUUUUCGGGAUUUAAUCAACUGGGUUGUUCUUUAUUCUGGGGGAUUGUAUUGGGUUUUGAUUAAAACAGGAUCUUGACUUGCGAUGGUCUAUAUGCAGAACUCAAUCUCGGUCUGCAACUCCAUUGACCAAAUCUUAAAGAUGGCGAAUUGUGUGAAUUCAAGUGAUUUUAAUCCAAAAUCAGGGCAAAAAAAGAUACCCAGUUCGCCAAAUUGUUCAAAAAUUCCUUGUGAAGGAUCAAGGUUUAGAUCAGCUGUCAUUGAUUUGGUAAUUUUGCUAGCUGUUAUGACUGCCUGUGGCUUCUUGUUGUUUCCUUAUGUUAAGGUCGUAAUAUUUACAUCAAUCGAAAUAUUUGUCCCCGUGUUUUAUCUUGUUAAAGAGGAGGUGAUUAGGAACCCAAUCAUUUAUGCAUCAAUAGGGCUUAGCUUUUGUUGUAUUGCUAUGGUUGUUUGGAUUAUAAUUUUGUGUACAACAAGGAAAUGCGGGAACCCCAAUUGUAAGGGCUUGAGGAAUGCUGCUGAAUUUGAUAUUCAGUUGGAGACCGAGGAGUUGGUUAAGGAAAGUGGUGGUGGCAGUGGUGUUAAAAAAUGGUUGUUUGAAUUGCAUCGCGAUCAUCAUAGAGAAUUAGAGGCCGAGCUUAAGAAGAUGGCGCCACCGAAUGGUAGAGCUGUGCUUAUUUUUCGUGCUAGGUGUGGAUGUCCUGUUGGGAGAUUUGAGGUUCCGGGAUCGAAGAAGCACAAAAAGAUCAAGAAGUAGGAAUUAUAUAAGGAAUUGGAAUUGGAUAGGGAGGGUAAUCCAAUGCUACAGGAGUAGUAAUAAGGAUGAGAGGUGUAGCUUUUGCUUCUCUGUUGUUAAAUAAGCUCUCAUGCAAUAAGUUCUAAGGGAUUAUGUACACUUGGUUAGUAUAAAUAUCUUUACCUGGCAUUUAUUUUAUCUGGUAUUUUAUGAUAAUGUACUUCUUUUUAGUUUCUGAUUUGAAUUGGAUACUGAAUUUCUGGUUU